CAAUUUCAAUACAUCGGCCGACUUCAGAGAAAAAAGUUUAGCUCCUCUCUUCUCUUAAAGCUCGCCGUGCAUCGUCGGUCUCAGCUUAACGGUCCACCCUUGAUUUCGUUUGAGAGAUUGAACAAUUUGCGUAUCAGUAAUAAUCAGAUACAGGGACUAGGUUAGUUUCUAUCUGGUUGCAAUGGGUACAGAGACGGUUGUGCAUGAUCAGGCAAGAUGGGCAAUGGCAGCUAUGGAACGAAGACUUGCUGUUGCAAAAGCUCAACAACAACAGAAGAAUGAGAAAGACAAGAAGGGAACAUCUGAUGUACAAGUCUCUUCAAAACAACCACUUCAAGCUGAUUCACUACCUACUCCCUCAAAGACUUCAAUUAAAAAAGAUCCGAAGGAGGAUGAUUAUGUUGCAUAUACAAAACUGUCCCAUCCCGUUGAUGAGAAUUUGUUGGCAACCAAUGUUAAGUUUUCUAGUGCAAAGGGAACUAUAGUUGACAAGGUUUUGCAUAACCUUCUUCGAAGCGGUGACUCUGCUCAAAAGUACUUGCAAGGUUCGAAAAGUGUGAAGCUGGAUAACUAUAUUCUCCUUGAUAAUUUUGUACAGUCGCGUCCUUCAGCCUCUGGUUCUAAAAAGGCAUCACUGAAGGAUUCAAAACGUUCUAAGAGCCGUAUGUCUAUGAAGCGACUCAAGAAGUCUGGUGCUUUGCAUAUGCCUAAAGAUCUCCAAAAGUGCAGGUUUGAUUUGUUUAAGCCAAUGCAUGGUAUGUGGGAAAGUUACAUGACACAACUCAUCAAGGUGACCGGGAAGAUUCAAUUAGCUCCAACUCUUCUCUCAGCAGAUCUUCAUGGUGCUUUCAUGUUUGUUGCUGAGUGUAAGAUAGCAUCACUCAUUGGUGUGCAAGGCAUCAUGGUGCGUGAGACAUCCGAAACAUUUGGAAUGAUCACAAGAGACGACAAAUUUAGAGUUGUACCUAAGAAGCACUCUGUCUUCAUCAUCCAACUCGACUGCUGGAAAAUUACUUUACUUGGGGACAAGUUUAUUUCAAGAGACAAUAUUGUUCAACGGUGAUUGAUUGCUACAAUGAAGCUCUCGUUUUUUCUCUCUUGCUCGUAGUAAAGCAGCAACCGUUGAUGACCACAGAAGCAUCCUAGUCUCACAAGAUUUUGCUUUAGAUCUUUCUUUAUUUACCUAAUUCUGAUAAAUUUUCUUAAUCUUUUGAUCUUUGUAUGAAUCCUCCUCUGUAAAUUAUACUACUAUUAUUGUUAAUUUAUUACUAUUAGAAACUGAGUGCUUAAAUCUCAGAAAUC